AUGAUGUUGAACACGGAGCUGCAGAACCAGGAGAACCCAGCAGAACCAGGAGAACCCAGCAGAACCAGGAGAACCCAGCAGAACCAGGAGAACCCAGUGGAAGCAGCUGAAGGAUCUGGUGUUCUGGGGCGUUUGAGGAGGGAACCGGGUUUGGAUCCGGGAGGAUCAUCAGGGGGAACCAGAACCAGAGAUGUCCUCCACCUGACUGGAUUUCUCUUAGAGAAAAGGCGUUCCCGCCCCGGUCCCCUCACCCCCGGCUCCAUCAUGCCUCUCCUCAAGAACCUCCCUGCGCGCCUGAAAGGCAGCGGUCCGCUUCUAGACAACGCCUUGUUCUUCCGCAGGAUGAGCCUCAACAUCACGCCCCACCACAACCCCUUCGAGCACGACGACGACAGCAUCCACAGCAACGGCGGCCAUGAAAGGCACUGGUCGCCGGGCAGCUCGCUGUUGGACGGCGACGUGCCGAGGGACCGCAACCCAUUCGAGGACGAGGAGGACGAGAACGAGGCCAACGAAGGCAAGAAAGGAAACGGCAGCGGAGGGUCAGUGAAGGGUUCGUUCAAGUUUAAGUCGCCGCUGAAGAGUCUCGGGAAACUGGGGAAGAACCUGAGGAUGUCGGGAAAGAGCAAAGAUGGCGACACGCCGUCCCCACAGGGGUCGCUGCAGGGAACGCCGUCGCCUUCGCAGAAGAAGAAGAGAGGCAGGAGGAGCUCAGAGGGCAGUCUGCUGAGAUUUGCAGGAAAAUACCGUGACUCCCUGAGCUCCCGCAAGGAAUCCUUCACCAACGGCGAGCUGAACUGCUCAGAGAGCGACUGCGACUCCGUCAGCCGGCGCCUGACCUUCAUGAAGAUGGUGGGCCUGGGGAAGCUGAAGAGGGAGUCCAUCACCGACCGAAUGUCCCAGGGCCCCGAGGACCAGCCGGUGCAGGAGGAGGUGGUGGAGGAGGUCAAACCCAGAGAGCCUCUGUCAGUCCUGGAGAUCCUGCAGCUGGUGAAGAAGCGUGACCUCUUCCUGGCCGACGCCCACAUCCUGGAGCUGGAGCAGGAGUGCAACGCCGGCGCCACCGCCGAGCCCGAGGACGCCGCCAGCUCCACCGUCAAAGAUGGCGGCCGCAGGAAGGCGAAGGACGUGGAGCUGCUGUACGAGGAGCUGCAGAAGGAGCUGUGGGCCGUGGUCAGGGAGUCGCUGAGGGCCCCGACGGCGGGGCCUAACUUGGGGCUGGUGGUGCAGGUCCUGCAGCAGGAAGAGGAAGCAGAUAAAGCCUGGGCCCUCAGUGAGGUGGUGACCCCUGGGGGCCCCAGGCCUCGCCGCCUCAAGCAGAGGUGGAGAGAGGCGGUGGAGGAGGCGGCCGACUCCUCGCUGCCCCAGAGGGCAGAGUUCACGGCCGGAGAGCUGGACAAGUACCUGGACCGGCUCCGUGCCAGGGCGGUGGAGGACCUGGGGGCGGCCAAGAGGAACGUCGUCUCCAUCUACCCCGAAGACUUUCAGGCCUUCCAGGUGUAUGUGGAGAGCUACCACCAGGCGGUCGCCAGGCGCCUAAAGGUCAUCACCGACGGCCAGCUGGAAAUCACCGACAUUUACUCUCUGCUGGACUGGCUGUACAACAUCUACAGCAGAGACGUUCUGGGGACGGUGUGCAUUACCAGUCCGUUUAACCGCUCCCAGCUGAGUCCUCUGCUGCUUGCAGAGACGGUGGAGCGACUGGAGAUGGACUGCCUCAACUCUGUCCGGGCGAAGGUGACCACUGAGCUGAGUCAGGUUCUGGAGGACGAGGAGAAACGGUGGAUGGAGUCGCUGCACGUCGAAGAGUACCACAUUACACUGGCCAAAACCGUCAUCCAGAGGCUGCAGGUAGAUCUGGAGCGGUCGGCGUCCAUCAACAGGAGUCUGGGCUCCCGGGUGGCUCAGUGCAGCCUGAACGGACUGGCAGACUUCCUUUACAGUUUCCAGCGUAAAGUGGAGAUGUUCCAUGAAGGGAUGCAGAGCGGCAUGUUUGGAGAUGACGACGACGGAUACGUGUCCAAAACAAUCGCCAUGGUCAACUGCUGCCCUCCUUUCCGAGGCUUCGUGCAGCGCUGUGCACAGUGUGAUCCAUCAGUCAGUGAGGACUCUCUGCGGCGAGCCAACAAGUCUCUGGACCACAUCGUCCAGCAGGGUGUCAGGGUUCUGUCCGAGCGACUCUACCUGCACAUCAGGCUGUUCUUUGAGCGCCUGGUGAAGAGGAAGUGGCUGACCAACGCGGAGCCGUACGAUCAGAUCGAAGCCGCCAUCAAGGAUGAUUUUAAGAAAUAUCGCAGGAUGGACAAUCCUCCCUAUCAGCUGCUGGUGGCUGAAGUCCACCGGCGGGUGGUGAUGGAGUACCUCCGCUCCAUCAUGAGGGGUCGGAUCAUCUGCACCUCCAUGAAGAUGAGGAAGAGGAUGGCCGGCCGGCUCCGAGACGAAGGGAAGCAGAUCAAAGCGCUCUUCAAAGACCUGGAGUCUCCGUCCAGCUGGUUGGACGGCGCGCUGUCCCACAUCUCAGAGCUCAUCCAGCUGGAGGACGUCCCGUCCAUCCAGAUGGAGGUGGGAGUUCUGGUCAGAGAGUUUCCAGACGUCAGGAAGAAGCACGUGUCGGCCAUCUUGAACAUCCGCGGGAUGACCCGGCAGGCGGAGCGCCAGGAGAUCCUGAACAUCGUCAAAGACAUCGAGAGCGACGGCGGACCGGGCCCGCUGUCCCGGGACCGGGCCCUGUUCGCCGAGGUUCCGGUCACCUCCGAGGUCCACUGCCUGAACGUGGGUCUGAGCCGGAUCGCCCUGACCGCCUCGUCCUGCGUCAGCGCGCUCAGACCGCGCCGCCGCAAAACCAGAACCGCCACGCAGGAGAACCCGGACGAUGCUCUGUAACCGGGCUCAGAACCAGCAGAACUCCCUCACUUUUAUGACCAGCUGCGAUCUGCUGGUCCAGAUGGUCGAAACCGGAUCUGGAGUUUAUGCUGCUUCUGGACCCUGGUUCUGUUGCGGUUCUGACUGAAAUGGAAACAGACGUUUUGUUUCCCAAAGCCUCCGAGGUUCUGACCCAGACUGGACCAGAUCGGACCUCCUUCAGGAUCAGAACUAACCCGACCCGGUUAGAGAUGAAGACCAGAGGCUGGUUCUGUUCUGAACUGGAAACCAGAAUCGGUGCCAGCAGGACCAGUUGAACCCGCUGGUCCUCCUGCAGAACCUCUGAAAAAGAAGCACUUUAUUUGGAACCAGAACCAGGAGAACGGAUCUUUGUGAUCUCAGCCCGGCUAAGAUGGACUCAGAACCUGGAACCUGGGAUCCGGACGGGCAGAUUCAGGAUUUACAAAGUACAAAGAUAAAAACUGAAAGUGCUGAGUCGGCAGACUGCGGAUCGGGUCGGUGUAGGAGAACCUGGUGCCGAACCUGUCAGAUAAAAUCACCAGAACGGCGUGAUCCGAUCGGACCUCUGGAUCCCAGUUCGAUUCAAACAGGAAGUGACGGCGUUUUAGCGCCAGACUAAAAAAAAACAUUUAGUUACGACAAUAAAGUUGCUUCAGAUCAUUACAACGUUAAUGUUGCUUUAUCCUCAUAAUUUAUGUUUUUUCUUAGCCUGGUCGCAGAAAUCCGUCGUUUUUGGAAACUAUUGCGUAGAUUGUUUUUCUCAGUUUUUCACCUUUAGUUUGUGUGUUGGGGUCAGAGUUCACUCUGACCCCAACACACAAACAUCGUCAGCAAAAUGUCUUUUAAUGAAAAAAUGCACGAUGCAGGUAAUCAGCAGUAGUGGGCACAUUUCUGCUAAUGUGCUAAUAGCGGAGCUAAUUUUAUCUUUUGGCACGUUUGCUAGCUUUGACACAUUAGCUUCCCCUUAAUCACAUUUUCCAGAUAAAUUCUGAAGCUAAUAUUUUGAUUUAGAAACAUUUGGCUGAAUAAUUUCAACAUCUAUGUGGCAGUUUUGGUUCUCAAAUUCUUCAGCAAUUAGGUGAAGAUAUUCAUGCUUUUAUUUUGAAGUUUACCAAAAUAAAACAUGUUUUAGAAUAUGUAUGUAAAUGAUAAUGUUGGUGUUUGUAGCCUUUCAAGGGAAAAUAUUUGAAUUGAAAUUAGCACUUUGGUAUUAGCUCAUGCUAAGCAACAUGUUAGCACAGCACAUUAGCUUCUGCUAAGUACUGUGUUGGUGAAACGAUUCAGCAGAACUGAUGAUUAUUAUUAGAAUCUUACGCUUAGUGCGGCUAGCGUAGCAGUUAGUGGUGCCCAUCACUGGUAGCUAGUCAGCAUUUUAUUUUAGCAUCAAGAACAUUUAGGAUAGUGCUGUUGUUCAGCUUUGAGUUGACACCUCAUCUCCCUCAGUCAGGGUGAAUUUAGAGUCAGAGCGCCACCUAGUCUAGUUAGCCUGAGCUACUGCAAUGUUAGCAUGAGCUACUAUUACGUUAGCAUGAGCUACUGCAAUGUUAGCAUGAGCUUCUGCGACAUAGCUCAUGGUAACAUUGCUACUGUAACAUUAGCAUGCAACGCUCAUAUUCUGGGACUUUUGUCCCAUUCUUGGCUUAGUUUCAUGACCUUUUGUCCUUUUUCAUGUCUAUAAAACAAUUUUAAUACGUGAUUUACAAAUUCACAUCUUAAUCCAGAAGGUUUUAAUGUUAUUUCCAAUAAUUGCUAAUAAAAUGUGAUUAAUAUUAGAUCCUCUGCUGGCCGCCCAGAGUUUUGUCCCGUUUGGUUGAUGAUCCCAGGAAACAUCCAGACAUCCAGAAACUGGUGCGUCUGAGUUUUCCUGAAGUUCACAAGAAAAGAAAAUGAAUAGUUGAAUCUAAUCAAAGGUACUUGAUGUUGAGUUUCUGUAUUUAAAGCAUUAAUUCUAGCGUUGAAGCUUCUGGGUGCAACGACGAAGUUUAUUAUGUUUUAUUUUUUCAGCUGUUUGAUUCAUGACGUCUGUUUGAUUUAGAUGCAGAGAAAUGAAAAUAACAUUUUAAAUUCAAACGAUUUAGGAUAUUUUUAUGUUUUUACUGUCGAGUUAAAACAUUUGAGAAAGUCUGAGCAGCUUCUUCUAGUUUCAUCAACAUUUCUGAGCUGAGACUGAAUUCAGAUUAACGGCACAUUUCUCUGCUGCUAUUACUUUAUGUUGAAUGUUUGGAAUAAAUCGUUUGUCCAGAAAUAAGAUUAACAAGACAAUAAAAUCAGAUUAAAUCA